CACCACGUCCGGAACCUGCGCGUCGCACGCAGCGGUUCCGGUCGGAAUUACCCGGCGGCGCACGCAGACAUGGCUGCGCUGGUAGUGAGGGGUGUUCGGGACAUGCUGAAGCGUGCGGACUUCGCGACGGUCCCGCGGAGACAUCGACAUAAGAAGAAAUGGGCCACCACAGAGCCCAAAUUUCCUGCCACUCGACUGGCUCUGCAGAAUUUUGACAUGACAUACAGUGUGCAGUUUGGGGAUCUUUGGCCAUCUAUCCGGGUCAGUCUCCUCUCAGAGCAGAAGUAUGGUGCACUGGUCAAUAACUUUGCUGCCCAGGAUCAUGUGAGUGCUGAGCUGGAGCAGCUGAGUGCCAGGGACUUUGUGAAAGAAGCUAUCUCCCAUGGGGAACCAGAGCCCGAGAAUGGCCAAACUGCAGCUCCAUCCCCUGCCUCCUGGGCCUGCAGUCCAAACCUUCAAUGCUUCACUUUUGCCAGAGGAGAUGUCAGCUGUUUCCCUCCUGCCAGACUGGGCAGCCUGGGUGUCAUGGACUACUACCUGAUGGAUGCUGCCUCCUUGCUGCCUGUGCUGGCCCUUGGCCUGCAGCCCGGUGACACUGUGCUUGACCUGUGUGCAGCCCCUGGGGGAAAGACACUAGCGUUACUUCAGACUAGCUGUUGCCGUAAGUCAGAGGGCUGGUGUCUCGGGCAGGGGAAGCUCCCUACCUCAUCCUGUCAGGGGCACACUGAAUAUGAUGAGCUCCCUGGUCCAGGCCAUCUCGCUGCCAAUGAUCUCUCCACUUCACGAACAGGCAGACUACAGAAGGUCCUUCACAGCUAUGUGCCUCAAGAUAUCAGGGAUAAGAAUCGAGUUCGAGUCACAUCAUGGGAUGGCAGGAAGUGGGGAGAACUGGAGGGGGAUACCUAUGACCGGGUGCUGGUGGAUGUGCCCUGUACCACAGACCGCCACUCCCUUCAUGAGGAGGAGAACAACAUCUUUCAGCGUUCGAGGAAGAAGGAGCGGCAGAUGUUGCCUAUGUUGCAGGUGCAGCUUCUUGCGGCUGGACUCCUUGCCACCAAACCAGGCGGCCACGUUGUCUAUUCCACCUGCUCACUUUCACACUUACAGAACGAGUACGUGGUGCAAGGCGCCAUCGAGCUCCUGGCCAGUCAGUACAGCAUGGAGGUUCAAGUGGAAGGCCUGACUCACUUUCGAAAGCUUUUCAUGGACACAUUUUCUUUCUUCCCAUCCUGCCAGGUUGGGGAGCUGGUAAUCCCAAACCUCAUGGCCAAUUUUGGGCCUAUGUACUUUUGCAAAAUGUGUAGAAUGACAUAGCAUCACCCUGUUCCUGAAAUCCUGGUGUAGGAAGACAAAGGGUGUACUCUUACGGAGGCACCAGAAACUGAGACCAGUGGCAGAGAUGCUCUCUGGCCUAUCUCCAUCUCAUACAAGUCUUUCUAUAGACAGUUUUCAGCAGUAGGAAGUAGGAGUUUUACUGUCCUGCUAUGCAAUUGUGGAACACCAGCAGGUUUCUAACUCACUUGUUACACCCGAUUUCCAUCCCCCACUCCCAGUCUCUGAGCCUGUGCUAAAGGUUCCUGCCCCAUUAGGGGCUUAGAUGGAAGAACCAGUGGACAGGCACACUCUUUAAGCUGUAAAUUUGAAAAGAAGCAUUUAGCCAAUAAAAUUGUUGAAGCUCCAUGGAGCUGGGGCUGUAGUUGGGGGCCUCAUGUCAGUCCCAGUAUUGUUAGUUUCAUUUGUACCAGCUGAUGCUGCUGAGCACUAGCUUCCAGGUACCCAAAGCCCAGGACCUCAGCCUGGUCACAGAGCCUCUCACACUUGAGGUGAGUUCUGUGUGAUUAGUCUUGAGCAGCUGAAAGGCCUAAACAAGCCUACCAAGUUUCUCCAUAUGGCCUAUGAUCUAAUUUAAGGAACAAGUAACUAAAAAUGUUAAGCCAAUGCAUAAUAAUCUGCUUACUUACUUAGAAAGCUCUCCUGAGCUGAAUGAUUCCAGCCAUCCCUCCUGCUGUCAGCAGCACUGCUGCCCAAAUGUGGCUGGGGAGGCUGCUUCUGCCAUAGGGCUGUGAUACUCUUUGUGUGUGUCUCCAUUGUUCACUCCUCUAGCAAGUAUUCCUUAAGCUGCUGUAUGACAGGUAGCCAGGGAGCUGCUGGAGAUGUGUCAUUUCAGACUGAGGGAGAAGUGAAGCCUCUUCAUCCUUCAGAAUAGCAGCCCUCCUCCUUUUACUUUCUGAGCGCCUAGGAAUCUCUUAAUGUUGUAUUUUGGUACAUUCAUUUUUUUUCCCCUGUUUUUUGUUGUUGUUGUUGUUGUUGUUGUUGUUCUUGUCCCAUGGCUGAGUUCUGGUGCCAGUUCUCUGGCCUACCUCCAAAUGCCUGAGAGCUUUUUUCCCAUCAUCACAGGGUGUUACCUUACACAGUGUGUGUUUGGGGCAUCAUGAUAUCACUUAAUGCCUGACUGCUAGUUGUGUUGUUUUUGUAACUUUAGCACAAGGGAGACAAUCCUUUAAUGGCAGGGAUAUUAAAAAUUGCUUAUGGUCACUUGCA